AUGGCGUCCCACCAGCACCCGCACCAGCCGUCGUCGCCCUCGCGCCCCGCUCACCGCCGCGUCCCUUUCCCGAUCUUCGAGGACGACCACGCCGCGCCCUUCCACCCGGCCCAGCUCCCCUCGGACCACUUCCUCGCUCAGCGACCCGUCACCCCUCCCCGCCCCGACUCGGUCAUCGACCCGGUCUGGCUCGACGGCGCUCGCCCCGACACCUCGUCCCUCGCCGCCGCCGACUACGACGUCUCGGUCCACACGGGCUUCCUGCCCGCCGACGAGCCCGUCCAGUCGCUGCGAGGACUCGGCUCGGGCUGGGACGCCCUCGAGGGCGCCCUCGAGCAGGUCGAGCGCGAGGCGGCCGUGCCCGGUGGGGCUGUCGGGAGGAUCAGCGGGCGGUGGAUGCACGGCGUUCGCGAGUUGCCGCAAGCCUCGGUCGAGCCGCUCACGACCCUCCCCCUCCUCCGCCGCGCCCACGUCCUCCUCGCCCACCUCGUCCACUUUUACAUGCACGGCACGUUCCCGUCGCAGUCGGUCGUCCCGGCCUCACUUGCCGUCCCGCUCGUCCAGGUGAGCGACCGCCUUGGCCUGCCGCCCAUCCUCACGUACGCCGACACGGUCCUGUGGACCUGGCGCCUCACCGACAAAGCCCGAGGGCUGCGCGCCGACAACGUCGAGAUCACGACGACGUUCACCCAGACGCCCUCGGAGCGCGCCUUCUUCCUCCUGUCGCUCUUCUGCGAGCUGCACGGCCCGGCCAUCCUCCGCCUCAUGUCGGCGACGCUCGACGAGGUCUUCUUCGCCGACCGCACCGCCCUCGGCCGCAUCGCGAGCUACCUGCGCUCGAUCGCGAGCCUCGUCGACGAGCUCACGGCGCUCAUGGCGGCGGCGACGUCGUCGACGGGCGGGUUCGGGCCCGGCGCGAGGGAGCGCAUCGUGCCCGAGGUCUUCUACUGGGAGAUCCGGCCCUGGUUCAACGGCGGCAAGUGGACGUACGAGGGCGUCGGUCCGCACGGCGAGGACAAGGAGAUGGAGUGGGGCGGGCCCUCGGCGGGCCAGUCGAGCCUCGUCCACGCGCUCGACCUGUUCCUCGGCGUCGACCACAUGCCGCGCGCCGCUCCCGCCCCCGGGCACGGUCACGCGCACGGUCACGCGCACGGCCACGGGUCGCUCGCGCGCGAGCGCAAGGUCGAGGCGUCGGCGUUCCCGGGCACGUUCCACGACGAGCACGACGAGGACACGGCGGCGGCGGUGCGCGCUGCGGCGACGGGCGGGCCCAAGGCGGCGCUCCACAAGGCGCCCUCGGACGCCACCUUCAUGCAGCGCAUGUCGCACUACAUGCCCAGCCACCACCGCGCCUUUCUGUCGCACCUCGAGUCGCUCCACUCGCCCAACCCGCACGCACCGCUCGCGCCCGUCCUCCCCUCGCUCCGCAAACUCGCCCGCCGCCACCCGCACGAGCUCGGCUCGGCGUACGACGGCGCCGUGAGCGCCAUGAAGCGCUUCCGCGACGCCCACAUGCGCCUCGCGACCGUCUUUAUCGUCCAGCAGGCCCGGCGCGAGCCCGCUCGCGAGUCGGUCCACUGGGCCGAGUGGGAGGCCAAGCGCGUCGCCAAGGAGCAGGCCGACGAGGCGCGGCGCAUGCAGGGCGCGAGCGCCGGCCGCGGCGAGGCCGACAAGCUCGUCGGCACGGGAGGGACCGAUCUCGUCAGCUUCCUCAAGCGCUGCAGGGACCGCACGGUCGAGGCGCUCCUCGGUGACGACGAUGUGCAGGCGCAGGCCUAGCCGCAGGAACAGCAGCAGGAGGAGGCGCAGGCGCAGGUGCGGCUCGUUCGCUGUCGGGACUUGUACAUAGAUCAGUGCUCGGGCCGUGGUUCGCCCUUGUCGUGUUGUACGACCGCGCAAAUGGACACUCGCAUUCUCUCCUGC